CAGCCGCCGCCGCGUCCUCUGCCUUGCGCUCCGCCCGCUGCCUCUGCCGCCUCAGCCCGGCCCCGGAGCGCUGAGCCGGGGACACCGGCCCCUCCGCCUGCCCGCCCUUCGGCCGCGGCCAGCAUGGGGGGUCGCUGAGAGCGUGCUCCUCUUCCCUCUGGCACCUCCCCCGGCCACUGGCCACUGGACUUUGGCCAGCGAGCCUCGGCCACCUCUGGCUCGCAGUCCGGCGCCUGGCACGGCCCUCGGCUCUGCUCCUCCGGCUCUGAGCAUCGUGUCCCCGCCCCCCCCCGCCCGCGCCUGGGACACCUGGGUCCCCCGGCGGCCCCUAGGAGAGGGGCGGGGGGGGGCAUGAAGCCACUGGAGAAAUUUUUGAAGAAGCAGACGUCGCAGCUGGCGGGGCGAGCGGUGGCAGGAGGUCCCGGCGGGGGUCCGGGUUGCUGUGGAGGGCCUGGAGGGGGUGGGGGCCCUGGCGGGAGCAGCGGUCCGGCGGGGGGACCGCGGCCGCUGCAGCGGCGUCAGAGCGUGUCUCGCCUGCUGCUCCCAGCUUUCCUCCGAGAGCCCUCAGCCGAGUCCGGGCUGGAGCCGCCCGCUGAGGAGGAAGGGGGAGAGCCAUUAGGGGUCUCGGAGGAGCCGGGCAGCGGGGGUCCCUGUUGGCUGCAGCUAGAGGAGGUGCCGGGGCCCGGGCCGCUGGGGUGCGGGGUGCCUCUGCGCUCCCCUUCCUCGUACUCCUCAGAUGAGCUAUCCCCGGGCGAGCCCCUGGCUUCACCUCCCUGGGCCCCCCUGGGCGCCCCCGAGCGGCCAGAGCAUCUUCUGAACCGGGUUCUGGAGCGCCUGGCUGGAGGGACUACCAGGGACAGCGGCGCUUCAGAUAUUCUGCUUGAUGACAUUGUCCUCACCCAUUCGCUCUUCCUGCCAACAGAAAAGUUUCUGCAAGAGUUGCACCAGUACUUUGUUCAAUCAAGGAAUGUGGAGGGUCCAGAGGGGCUGGGCCGGAAGCAAGCCUGUCUCGCUCUACUCCUUCAUUUCCUGGAUACCUACCAAGGAUUGCUGCAAGAGGAAGAAGGGGCUGGCCACAUUAUCAAGGAACUGUAUUUACUAAUUAUGAAGGAUGAGUCCCUUUACCAAGACCUCCGAGAGGACACGCUGAGGCUGCACCAGCUGGUGGAGACAGUGGAGCUAAAGAUUCCGGAGGAGAGCCAGCCGCCCAGCAAGCAGGUCAAGCCACUCUUCCGCCACUUCCGCCGGAUAGAUUCCUGUCUGCAGACCCGAGUGGCUUUCCGGGGGUCAGAUGAGAUCUUCUGUAGAGUCUACAUGCCUGACCACUCUUACGUGACCAUACGCAGCCGCCUCUCCGCGUCCGUGCAGGACAUUCUGGGCUCUGUGACAGAGAAGCUGCAGUACUCAGAAGAGCCUGCCGAGCGAGAGGAUGCCCUCAUCCUGGUAGCUGUUGCCUCCUCUGGAGAGAAGGUCCUCCUGCAGCCGACAGAGGACUGUGUUUUCACUACGCUGGGCAUCAACAGCCACCUAUUUGCCUGUACCCGGGACAGCUAUGAGGCCCUAGUACCCCUUCCUGAGGAGAUCCAGGUCUCCCCUGGAGACACAGAGAUCCACCGGGUGGAGCCCGAAGAUGUUGCCAACCAUCUUACUGCCUUCCACUGGGAGCUCUUCCGCUGCGUGCACGAGCUGGAGUUCGUGGACUAUGUGUUCCACGGGGAGCGUGGUCGCAGGGAGACAGCCAACUUGGAGUUGCUGCUGCAGCGCUGCAGUGAGGUCACUCACUGGGUGGCCACUGAGGUGUUGCUCUGUGAGGCCCCGGGCAAGCGGGUGCAGCUGCUCAAGAAGUUCAUCAAGAUCGCCGCCAUCUGCAAGCAGAACCAGGACCUCCUGUCCUUCUAUGCUGUGGUCAUGGGAUUGGACAAUGCUGCCGUCAGCCGCCUGCGGCUCACCUGGGAGAAGCUGCCAGGGAAAUUCAAGAACCUGUUCCGCAAAUUUGAGAACUUGACGGACCCCUGCCGGAACCAUAAAAGCUACAGAGAAAUCAUCUCCAAAAUGAAGCCCCCUGUGAUUCCCUUCGUGCCCCUGAUCCUCAAAGAUCUGACCUUCCUGCAUGAGGGGAGCAAGACCCUCGUGGAUGGUUUGGUGAACAUUGAGAAGCUGCAUUCCGUGGCUGAGAAAGUGAGGACAAUCCGAAAAUACCGGAGCCGGCCCCUCUGCCUGGACAUGGAGGCCUCCCCUCAUCACCUGCAGACCAAGGCCUACGUGCGCCAGUUCCAGGUCAUCGACAACCAGAACCUCCUCUUCGAGCUCUCCUACAAGCUGGAGGCUAAUAGCCAGUGAGAGUGGAGGGCCCGGCUGCCCCACCUGGGUCCCUGGCACCCGGCACCCAAGCACUUUGCACGAUGCCCUCAGUAGCCCACAUCCAGACAUCUUUUCCCUGGAGCCGCUUCCUAUCCUACAUAGAGGAGUUGGGUUGACCCACCAGAAUGUGUAAGCCUGUCUGUCCAUCCUGCUGAGGUCCUCUUACCUUGCUCCUUCACACUCCUGGUUUCUGACCUCUCUGGAAGGCAAGAGACGAGGAGUGCCCCUGUGCCCUCCCAGUGUGGUCUGUUCCAGAGAUGGAGUUUCUAGGCUCCACUUCCCAAGCAGGAAGGAAGCACCCCUCCCCCAGAUCGCAGCUGUGGUAUGGGGGCACUGGAAACACCCCCUCCCAGAUCGCAGCUGUGGUGUGGGGGUACUGGAAACCUUCCUCCCUGACACCUGUUUCACUUCCCCUAAUCAGGGCUGAGAUCCCUGGAUAUACACCCCCAAGAUUGUGUGUGUGUGUGUGUGUGUGUGUGUGUGUGAUUUAUAUAUUCCCUUUAGGGAGCAAGAGUACAUCUGAUAGUGUAGGGAGAGUAUCAGAGUGGGUUUUGUUUGUUGUGUUGUUUGUUUUUUUGAGGAUCCCUUCUGUUUGGUGCUACCCUUCUUGACUAUGUCUCCCUCACUCCCUGUCCAGCUCCACCUGCUGUCCUGCAUGUGAAAACUGUGGGUCAGUUUCCUGCAGGCAGGGCUUAGCAGAAGGCAGGAGAGUUACCCAUCAGCCCUUGCAAAUCCCCCUCCCAAGCUUCCCAGCGAGAGGCUAAAAGAUGCUCAGGGAAACACAGGCUUAUGCUGCCCUGCAGGACCCUGCCUCUGCCUUACUGUGGGUGGAAUGCAGUGGUUAUCAGGAGUUAGGGGCGCCUGUUCUCCAUUCUUGUCUGCUUUGGGGGGUGUCUCACUGCUAAAGAGGGAGUUGUCAUCCUUCUUCUGGCUCUGUGUCUGUCACCAACCACACAGUUUGUCCAUCUGUCUUUACCACCCCCACACACACCUUGUCUCUAGAAUCAGGGGUGGAUCUCAGUACCUAGGGCAGCUAGCGCCUCCCUAAGUGGGGAGGAGAGACUGCAGCAGCUGUAGAGGCGAAGCUGGGCUCUGGCAAGGCCUUUGUUACCUCUCCCGGCACCCUUCCCUCUCCCGUCAUGGGCUCCAGGGCUGAGGGGUGGCAAGGGCUCCUGGCAGCUACUGGGCGGGGUUUCCUGGCACAGCCUCCCCCCUCCUUCCUGGCCCUUCUGAAGAGGCAGCGGCGACUGCGGCAGCGGUGAAAUCAGCUGCAGCUCCUGCUCUGGGAGUGUAUAUAGAUUUUUACCCAAAGCUCUGGAAUUGUACAUUUAUUUUUUAAAACCCAAAGAGGGAAAGAACCUUGUAUCAUAUGUAAACAUUGUAUUAUAGGUUAUGUUAUAUAUUCCCUUUUAUACAGCAGCCCCUGUCGAAAUAUCCACAGACAUGCCAUGCCACCCCCCCAGCUUCUAGUGGUGAUGGUGAUCGUGCCACCGCCCCCAGCCCAUAAUGGCGGUGGUGACCAUACCAUCCCAUACUCUGCUUCUUCCGCUCAGCUGCUGGCUGCUCCCCCUGCAGCCCAGGUUUCCUGCCCCUCUUCAGUAACCCCUCAUCAGCCUUCUCUCAUUCCCUAGCCUCCAAGAACGCUGCCUCCCCCACACCUUGGCUGCUGCUUGCCUCUGAUUGUGAUGCUUGCCCCACUGUUUCUCAGGGGCCCCCCAUCCCCAAACCCUGUAGCUUUAACAGAGUGAACCUGAACCGUGUGCAUUGUACAGGCCCCGCUGUCAUGGAAGAGACCGCUGGAUAGAGAAAAUACACUAAAAUCUAUCAAUCAACC